UGGCUCGGUUGCUUUACGCGAGGACGGGGUGCUCCGCAGCUGUUGCGCGUCCGACCAACUCCACACUCGUCCUUCUGCUUUCCCUGCAAAAAGUGAGCUGGAGCGGGGCUCUUUUCUUGCUCGCGCCGUUCACACGUUCGCCUCCUCCAUGCAGUAAAUCAGACCCCGCGUCUGGCCGCUAUGCUGCUGCCCGUCUUGGCCGGCCUCGUCUUCUCGGCUUGGGGGGCGGCAGCGGGCGCCCAAGAGACCCCCCCGGGCAGCCGCUUCGUGUGCACCUCGCUGCCGCUGGACGCCGCCAACCCGGGGUGCCCGCUGCCCGCCGUCCCCAUGCAAGGGGGCGGGCUGCCCCCCGAGGAGGAGCUGAAGGCCACCGUGCUGCAGCUGCGGGAAACCAUCUUGCAGCAGAAGGAGACCAUCGGGAACCAGCGGGAGACCAUCCGCGAGCUGAGCGGCAAGCUGGGACGGUGCGAGAGUUCCGACGGCAAAGGCGGCACGUGGAGGAAAGAGUUGGGCAAAAGCAAGGACACCAUGGGCGACUUGCCCCGCGACCCCGGGAAGAUCGUCGACCAGCUCAGCCGCACCAUGCAGGCCCUCAAGGAUCGCUUGGAGAAUCUGGAGCACCAGCUUCGAGGCAAUGUGACUUUUGGAGCCCUGCCCAUGGACCUGAGAGAGAUGCUUCAGGGGAGACUUGGAGAGCUGGAGCGCCAGCUGCUGAGCAAAGUGGCCGAACUGGAGAACGAGAAAUGGUUGCUUCAUAACGAGACAUCCACCCACCGGCAGAGGACAGAAGCAGCCUUGAACGCGCUCCUAGAAAGGGUGUCUGAACUGGAAAGAGGUACCAGCGCCUUUAAAGCACCAGAUGAAUUUAAAGUCUCCCUCCCUCUUCGCACCAACUACUUGUAUGGCAAGAUCAAGAAGACGCUCCCGGAGCUCUAUGCUUUCACUGUUUGCUUAUGGCUGAAAUCCGGCGCAUCCCCUGGAAUUGGGACACCUUUCUCCUACGCCGUUCCAGGACAAACCAACGAAGUGGUGUUGAUUGAGUGGGGGAAUAACCCCAUUGAACUCCUGAUUAAUGACAAGGUUGCCCAGCUUCCCCUCUUCAUUAGUGAUGGAAAGUGGCACCACAUUUGCAUCACGUGGACAACAAGAGACGGGAUGUGGGAGGCAUUCCAGGAUGGAGAGAAACUGGGGACCGGAGAAAAUUUAGCUCCUUGGCAUCCCAUUAAACCCGGAGGGGUUUUGAUCCUUGGGCAGGAACAGGACACAGUUGGAGGCAGGUUUGAUGCAACCCAAGCUUUUGUUGGGGAAAUGAGCCAGUUCAAUAUCUGGGACAGAGUCUUAAAACCGGACGAUAUUAUGAAGAUUGCUAAUUGUUCGAUCAACAUGCCAGGCAACAUCAUUCCAUGGGUCGACAAUAAUGUGGAUGUGUUUGGUGGUGCCACCAAAUGGCCUGUAGAAAGCUGUGAAGAACGUCUGCUUGACUUAUAGCCAUGGCCAUUUCCCAUUGAAGUGCCCUGUUUUUAUUAAGACAAUCUUUGAUGCUCUGAUAUCCCUCUUUGUUUCCUUGUAGAAUAAUAAUAUUAAUAAUUAUGAUUUUAUUUUUUAAAUCCUGCUUAAUUAGCUGCCCCCCCCGCACAAUAUACAGUUCCACACAUAGGGUGUAGUUUUCCAGGGAUGUCUGCAAAAGUCCCCUUGGAAUGAAUCGGAAAUUGGCACAAGUUUGAUGUCUCUGGAUGGCUGAGUCUGCACAUCCAGUGUGCUGAACCCAGACAUGGUGAUUUGUAAAGUAUGUUCUAAGGCUUAAGCCACUAUUAGAACAAAGACAUUCUGGCCUGCUCAACAAACUAUGGCCAGAACAAGUCAUGUUCAAUGUGUGAUCCCAAUCAAUGAGGUUCUUGCAAUGGCCACAUGGGCAGGGAAAUUCUGGGAGAUGAAGUUCACAGAUCUGGAGGCAAUCGAAUUUGGGGCAAGUGGGUUGCUAGCCUGAAUUUCAGGCCAACUCAAACUCUGUGAUUCAAGUGACACUUCCUGCUGGAGGUGUGUUCCAAAGCUCCAGGUUGGUACGAAAAAUUCCCUGGUUGCUUCCUCUGGUUGUGGAGCAAACCUCAGAGGAGUAAAUCCAUACCCUGUGCAAAUCUUUUACUCUUUCUAGCCACACUAUAUCUGCCUUCACCCAAGAAGCUAAGCUGAAAUGGGGUUGGGGUGAUUUGUGCUUCAACAAAUUCUGGGUUGUUGUAGUUGGUCAGUCGUUAAGUCGUGUCCGACUCUCUGUGACCCCACGAACCAUAUCGCGCCAGGCCUUCCUGUCCUUCCCUG